GCUAUGCGGCGUAUACACACGUAUGCGCUAUUAUUUUGGUCAUACAUGCAGAACUACUGUUGCUUGUAAUUGUAAUGUGUUACCCACUGUAAUUCUCAGUGCAAGUGAUUUGUCCGCUCGCAGUAUGUCUUCGAAGCGCAGGCAUAAGAGCGGAGGUAGUAAAUCAGAAGCUGAAGAACGCGAGAGAUUGACAGCAGUAGUCAAGGAGCGUUUGAAGAAAUGCGGCUGGAAAGAGCAGCUGAGACUGCAUGCGAAAAAGGUUGUCGAAGAGAAGGGUGUUGAGAACUUGACUGCAGAUGAGCUUGUGAAGAUGAUUACACCUAAAGCAAGAUCUCUAGUUCCAGAUGAUGUGAAGAGAGAUCUGUUGAGCAGCAUUCGUGAAUUCCUUGUUGCAAAAGACUGAACUUGCGUGUCUUGACCUCCACCAUAUUGUGUUUUAUUAUGCACUUCAUCUGAGGACAUAUCCAGCUUGCCUGUAGAGAGCAUUCUGAAACUUCCAUAUCUGUACAAAUUACUGCUUAUCCUUUAUAUAUUCCACCAAUACUCUAUUAUUCUUACUGUAGAAAUGUUACGUUCACCGAGCAGCUGUAUAGUGCUCGAAGCGUUUGAUCAUGCAAUCAAAGUCUGUGAUCUCGUCUUUGUACAUAAUGUAUAUACUUCGAAGCACAUGUAAUUGUGUAGUUUGUAAUUGUGUAGUGUUAACUUUUAACUGUGUAGUUUGUAAUUGUGUAUAUAUCUGAACUUGGACAUUUUAUCCUGUUUCUUA